AUGGCUCAAAUGGAUUUGGAAUUGAAAAAGGCAUUUACCGAAAUGCAAAUUAAUAAAAUCGAGACAACCAAAAAGAUGAAUAUGAUUGACAUGAAAUGCAGUAUGGUUAAGAAUGGUAAACAAAAAUACGAACUGACCGAAAAGGGCACUAGCGAUUUGAAGGAUGACACAAGAGUGUACCUUUCUGUGGGACGUAUGUUUGUCUUAACCGAUGUAGAAAAUAUGCGUGGUGAUCUGAAAGCCAAACAGGAAAAAUGUGAUAAGGCUAUUGAGCUACUCAAUAAGAAAAAAGAAUUCUUAGUGAAAUCAUUAAAAGAUCAAGAAGAUGGUUUACGCGAAUUAGUCCAACAACGCAAAGAAGCUGAUGCGGCGACAAAAUAAUUAAGCUUUUAAAUUAAGUUGGUAUAAUUUAUUGAACUUGUUAGAUACGUAUGCUGCUUCAUUUAUCAUAAAUGUUUAGCAUUGAUAAAAUCUCCCAGACUUAUUAACGUGAACAAGCUUAAAAAUAUAUUACAUUUAUAUACACUUAAA